UACUCCUUCGUUUCCCUCCCCGGUGCUACUCAGCAGAAGCGUCCCCGAAGACGUUACGACGAAAUCGAACGUCUGUACAAGUGUGGGUACCAGGGCUGUGAAAAAGCCUACGGUACCCUCAACCACUUGAACGCCCACGUCAGCAUGCAGGGUCACGGUGCCAAGAGAACGCCGGAUGAGUUCAAGGAAAUCCGUAAGGCAUGGCGUCAGCGCAAGAAGGAGGAG